AUGGCUUUUUUAAACACAGUGUCUGAACUGAAACCGUUUAAGAGUAUGUGGAAAAUCAAGGUCAAAAUCAUAAGGCUUUGGAGGCAGUAUUCCGCGCAAGGAGGUGCCACCAUUGAAAUGGUUUUAAGUGACUCCAACGGUGAUAACAUUCACGCUACUGUGAAGAAAGAAUUGGUGGAUCAAUUUGCACCUGUUCUAGGAGAAGGGAUGACAAGAAUUUUGAUUAACUUCACGCUAAAUCAUUCUUGUGGAUCCUACCGGACGACUUCCCAUCCAUACAAGAUUGGUUUCAUUGAAACCACACGUGUCAAACGUUGUGAUGAUUUGCCAUAUGCUUUAAGUGGGUUCAAAUCUGCUAAUUUUGAAGAUAUCCUCAAUGGUUCUCUAAACCCGGAUUACUUGGUUGAUGUUUUGGGCCAGAUCGUGGAAGUAUCCCAUGUUGAAGUUGUUUCUGUGAAUGGGAAGGACACCCAGAAAAUCUCCCUUGAACUUCGAAACCUAGAAGAUGUACGACUCCCCAUAGUUCUUUGGGGAAGCUUUGCAAUGGAUGUCAAUGAAGCUGUUCAAACUAAGGGUGAUGAAUCAAUAAUAUGUGUGUUGCGUUUUGGGAAGAUUAAAAUCUGGAAAGAUGAGCGCAGCGUUUCAAAUGCCUACAAUGUGUCAUAUGUGUCUCUGAAUCCGGCAAUGGCAGAAGUUGCAGAAUUUAAGUCUAAGUUACCUCAGGAUUCAAUAGUUUUGGCAAUUGUUGAAUCAAAAGCUUUGGCACUGGCGAAUGGAGUUUCUCAGAAGGAAGACUUCUUUGUGCACACACCAAGAAGAACAAUUUCCUACUUGCUUGAAUCUAAGCAGGUGGAGCAAGGAAUAGUACUUUGCACAAUUGCUGCCAUUGAUUGUGAUAUGGGAUGGUAUUAUCUUAGCUGCAAAGUGUGUGCAAAGAAGGUUUUAACCGUUCCAAGUGAAAAUCUGGACGAUGGAGAAGAUGAAGAUGGUGGUGGACAUUCUUACUAUUGUGCCAAAUGCAAAGUUUACAAUCCCAAACUUCUGCCUAGGUACAAAUUGCACAUUGUCGUUCUUGACUCAACCGGGAAUGCAAAGUUCCUGCUAUUUGAUAACAUUGCUUUCCAUCUGAUUCAUACGCCAUGCCUUGAGUUGACAGGACCGAACAUUGAUGAGAUUCAAGAUCCAGAAGACCUCCCCCUUGCAAUCACCAACUUAAUUGGUAAAACUUAUCUAUUCAAAAUAGGUAUUGAGAAGGAGAAUUUUGUUUACAAGCAUGACACAUUUAAAGUGUUGAAGAUCAUCACAAAUCCGGAUAUGAUUUCUGAGUUUGAUGUGGUGAACUCUCUUACGGAUACAAGUAGCUUUGUUACUCCGGAAUCAUCCUUAUUAUCUGAUGCGCCUGAGGGUUCACUGAUGCUAACCAACGGUGUUUCUGAGGAAACACAAACUACAGCCAUAACUCCAGCCAAACGCAGAGGAGGGCCUGUGAUCAACUUAGAAGAGUCCUUCGAUCAGAAUUCAGUCACAAAAACCCCAUGUUCGAUCAGAAUCAAGAAAGAGAAGAAUGAGAGAAGUGGCUAA